ACGUCAGGACGCGGGCUGGCGGCAGCGGCGCAGGCUCGCUCUCCUGCCGAGGCAGCUUCCCCCGUCCGCCCGAGCCCAUGGUCCUGGCCGGGGCUUGCUGCGCCGCCAGGGCGCGGUGACAUGAGCGUCCCCGCCCAAUGUCUAGCCUGCAGCGCCCCAUGGCUGCUCCGGCCCAGGCCCCGCCGGGCUCGCUGAGCGCCGAGCAGGCCAAAGUGGUUCUGGCCGAGGUCAUCAAGGCCUUCGGCUCCCCGGAGAAUGCCCAGCGCAUGGAGGAGGCCCGGGAUAACGCCUGCAAUGACAUGGGCAAGAUGCUGCAGUUCCUGCUGCCCGUGGCCACCCAGAUCCAGCAGGAUGUGAUCAAAGCCUAUGGCUUCAGUAAUGAUGGAGAGGGGGUCCUGAAAUUUGCCAGACUGAUAAAAUCUUAUGAGUCCCAGGACCCAGAGAUUGCAAACAUGUCCGGGAAGCUAAAAGCCAUGUUCCUGCCUCCAAUGACACUGCCCCCACACGGGGCUGGGACAGGGGGUGUGGCUGCCUCCUGAAACUGGGACCCUCUGCUGGCUUUCCUGGGCAAGGUCACAUGACACUCAGUGUGUGAGAAUUUUUGGCUAGUUAUAUUCCAGGACUGCUCUCCACCAUUAUCAUCAGUGUGCUGCAAUUGGUCAGAAGAGCCACCUACUUCCUGGAAGCUCUGGAGCAACUGGCUUCUUUGUGCAUCUUUGAUUUUUGUGCUUGUGAAUAAAAGCUGCUUUGAAAAUGUC